AUGAAUAUUUCCAUCUUGUUAAGGCAUUCAGGUAUAUGGGAAAGUGAUGUUAGGUACGAGCAAUACAAAAUUGAUGGCAUAGUGGUGGGGGAAAAUAUUUCGUUGGUUAAUCUCAAAUCAGCAAUUGCAGCAGAAUUGAACAUUGAUGAAUCAAAAAAAAAUAUAGAGAUCAGAUACGUUGUAGAAGGUAAUUCAUUGAAGCAAUUGUACAAGGAUAAGGCAACUCUAAUGGCUGUUAUGGAAAAAUAUAAAAUUAAGCAUAGCUUCAAUUUUAGAGUUAAGAGAUCUGAUAGCAAAAGCUACGUAUUAGUAUGUCAUUCAGAUGCUUGUUGUUGGGAAUUGAAGGCGUCCGUUAGGAAAAAUACGGACAUAUUCAAAGUGAGAUACUUCAAUAGUGAACAUACAUGUCCAUUGAGGGAUAGGGUAUUAAGUAACGUUCAAGCUACUGUUGGGUUUCUUAGUGGUGUGACAGCUCCAAAGUUAGUGAAUCAUAAAAGAAAGCAUUCUCCAAACGAUAUAAUUGAGGAUGUUAGGGCACUAUAUGGAGUUGAAAUUUCUUACCAACAAGCAUGGCGUGCAAAAGAACGUGCAUUGGAGAUGAUUAGGGGUAAACCUGCAGACGGAUACAAACAGAUGCCAAAAUACAUAUAUAUGCUGAACAUUGUGUAUCCAAAUUCAUAUAUACGUAUGCACAAGUCGGAAAAAAAUGAGUUUAUGUAUCUCUUCAUAUCAUUAAGGCCAAUGAUGAGAGGGUUUGAGUUCUGUAGGCCUGUUGUUGUUGUUGAUGCUUCACAUCUUAGCGGAUCUUAUCGAGGGACAUUUGUAUCGGCAAGUACACUCGAUGGGGCAGGUAUGACAUGUUGUUUAUUAAUUUGA